AUGGAGGCAGAGGUGAGCAAGGAGGAGGAAGCCAGGCGGUCCGACAAGUGGCGAGCAGAUGUGGUGGGCGGCCUCCUCGUGGCGUGGGUGGUGGUGCUGGUGUCGUGGGUGCUCUACUUCCACUUCACGGCCGUGCUGCCCUACACCGCACCCGCACGCGCUCCCGCCGCCUCGUCCUCGUGGUGGUGGGGCCAGGCCUGGUGGUGCUUCCACCUCGCCUCGUGCCUCUGGCUCUUCCAGGGCGGCACCGCCUCCUACUUCUCUGCUCUGCUGACCCGGCCGGGGUAUCCGCGGCGGAUCGGGGAGCAGGAGGUGCGGCAGCACUAUGCGCACCUCCGCGACAUGCCCGUGCCCGCUCGCGGCGAGGGCUUCUCGCGCUGGUGCACUCACUGCCAGCAGCCCAAGUUCGAUCGCACCCACCACUGCAAGUACUGCAACACGUACGGCAUGAUCCUUCUCCUCUUCGGCCUCGCGCACGUCUACGAGCCUGCCGCACCUGUGCGAUCGUUGCGCGCCGUGGUGACGAUGGUGACGAUGGUGACGAUGGUGCAUGCAUGGAUAUGGAACUGUGUGGGGCAGAACAACCACCGCCACUUCUUCCUCUUCGUCGUCUACGUGUGGCUGUCCAGCUUCUACGGCGCCCUCAACGUGCUCCCGCUCUUCUACGAGGCCUACAACAGCGAGGAGUGGACGCUGCCGAUGCCCCGCAGCCAGGUGGCGGUGUCCACAUUCCUGAACGUGUCGACCGUGCUGGCGGUUAGCAUCCUCCUCGCGGUUCAGGCCUUCCUCAUCUCCACAGGGCAGACGUCGGUGGAGUGGCAGGUCAAUCGGGUGCAGCGGAAGAAGGCCAAGCUGGAGGGGCGGCCGUUCGUCAACCCGCACGACUUCGGCUUCCGACGCAACUGGGAACACUUUCUCGGCAAGCACAGCCUGCCGUUCGUCCUGCUACCCUCCCUCGUCGCCCCUCCGCCCCUCGACGAGAGCUCGGAAUCCCACUACGCCGGAGUGUGA